AUGAAAAGGCUGGUUGAAACUAGAUUCAUUCGCUACUUGGUUGGUUCAAUUGACGCACUUCUCACCAACGCCUACGUCCUGGAACUAAUGUGGCAAGAGCAAUCUGCUGGCGGCGACAUGGAUGUUCAAGGUCACUUAAAGAACCUCGUGAAUCCACUGUUUUUGCCAACUCUGGUGAUACUAGCCGACGUCUUCAGUCAGUCUGCGUUCGCUAGUGAAACAGCCCAGUCCGACAUAUAUCCAUUAUGGGAUGACAAAGCAAACAUCGACAAAUUUCUUUGCAACAUCAAGAGAAUGAAUGAUCUACCCGUGUUGGAAAACCCACUGAACAGGAGGCUUCGACUUCAUCAUCCAAGUAUUGCUACAGGUCAUUUCACACCAGAUGCAAAUAAACCUGACCAGCAGGUAAACAUCAUGCAAUAUGACGUACGUUUCCAACCACGGCUAAGGAAUCAGCAGCACCGCCAGCAGGAGUUAACACCAGAGGACAUCAUUGAAACAGUCGAAGUUAGAGUGAAGCAGUUGACAUCGGCGAUAUUGAGGGAAAGUGUAACAUUUUUGGCACAGGGUGAGCAAGAACGAGAUAUCGUCAAGAUAUUUGAUCUGAAAUCUUUCGACUUCCAUGAUCCCGGGAGCCUAAGUCAACAAUUCAAUGAUGAAUUUGUUUCUGUUGCCAGUCAUCUUGACAAAGGCACGCUUUUAUUCCCCAGAAAUCUGUGUAGUCCGCUAUGUGGUGGGGUAAAAUGUCUCUGUCUUUUGAACCAAUUUAAGACAUUCAAAGAACGCGUUCGCGACAACAAAGACCGUUUCAGAGGCGUCUGGUUCGUGGUCAAUGAAGCCGGUCAAGUGAAGUGGAACAUCACAACUGUCUUAAGUUAUUUCCACAAGAUUGAGUAUGCUCUGCAUGAAGACAUACCAGACCUUGCCGAAAUAAUCGAGAUAUGCCUUGUAAUGUCACGAUCACAGUCAGACAUGGAACGAGCAGGAAAGUUGAUGAAGGACGUCUCUGACAAACGGUUCGGUGGCAAGUUCAAUGAAGCCCAUCACGAGAAAGGGAAAAGAGACAGGGUGAAUGAGGAAACUUUCCUUUAUGGAAAUUAUGUUCCCUUGCAUUCCUUGCCACUCCACGAAGUAUCACAAGAAUGGACUAAAAAACAUUUGCCGCCAAUAAUGAAAACUAACCCAGGAAAAGAAAGUUCAACAUUAAGAACACUCGAAAACAAAGAACCAAAUGUGCGAUUUUGGUUUAACUCUUUCACUGCCAUAGGCGACUUUUGUCGACAUUAUGGAAGGCUGCCACAGGCGACUUUAGUCGACAAAUAUUAA